AAAACGGGAAAUGUGGGAUCUUGAUAUGAACGCUUCAUUUCCAAUCUUAUCCAGGUAGAUAACAUGGUUAUAGAUCAACAAGUGCAAAAUUGACUAUUUGCAAUUUGAAGUUUGUCAAAGGCCAAAGAGCAAGAAAAAUACUCGGUCACAAUUUGGAUCAAAAAAACGUAUCAUUAAAGAAAACACUUUCACCGUACGAAAGGUCGUAGAAAGGUGUAGGUUUAGACCAAAUGUAUGUUUCUAAGAGGUCCCGACGGGAGAAGCGCAAGAGAUCUGCCUCGGCCUCCUCUUCAAGCUCUGGUGAUCGCCGCCCCCAUGUAAGUGCGGUCAAUGUGGGAAGAAAGAAUCGGCGCGGUCGCCGCUCACAUGAUCGUCAAAGAGACGUGGGGCUUCCGGCGCCACCAGAUCACUGGGGCCACAUCGGAAGUAGAUCGCGUUCUUCUUCGGAAUCUUCUUCUGAAGGGAGUGGCGUCGAAGCUCAAGCUAAAGCUCCUGACAAGCGCAAGCAGAUUCCGCCUCCGACGGAUUUUUGGGCUGGCCGUGCUGAAGAGCCCUCGGGGGUCGGCAAUAUCGCGGGAUCGAGAGACAAAUUUGAAGCUGUGGAGGCAUUUGAUUUUCAAUUGCUUUGUGACAAGGACGCCGAGACGACUGGAGUUUCUGGUCGAAUCCACCGAAAGGAAUUCUUCCCCUACUGGAGGGACACGCUGAAGGCCGAUGACGAAAUUCUUGCGCUUCUCUCGCACGGCUAUGUGCCGCCGUUGUCGGAAUGGCCGCCCUCGUCCUAUAUCCGUAAUAAUCGGAGUGCCCGAGGUAGUAGAGCGCAUGCUUUUCUCAGCGAAGAAAUUCCCCAUUUAAUCGAAAGUGGAGCAAUCCGAGAGGUUUUUGAAAAACCAUGGUUUAUCUUACCCCUCCAGCUCGUUCACCGUGACGGAAAACCCCCCCGACUAGUUGUCGAUGCAAGCCGACAAAUCAAUCCAUUUCUCUUUAAGCGGAAAGUUCGGCUCCCCACUCUGGGCGAAAUUAAUCAAGGGGUCGAGCGUGGAGACUAUUGGGCCAGCCUAGAUCUGAAAUCGGGCUAUUAUCAUUUACGGAUUCAUGAUGAUUAUCAAAAACUUUUUGGUAUUCGGUGGUAUGAUGAGGAUCGGAAUGAGCGAUUCUUCGUUUGGACAGUCUGCUUCUUGGGAAUCAGUGACUUGGUUCGCACUUUUACAAAACUUGGGAAGCCGUUAUUGGGUUUCAUACAUGCACAGGGCAUUCCAGUCUCCUUGUAUAUUGAUGAUUUCUUCACCCACGCCAACUCCGAAUCAAAAUGUGCUCAUAAUGUUGCAAGUAUUAGAGAUGUGCUGAAUAACGCGGGGUUUAUGGAGGCGAAGGCAAAAUCCACGGGGCCAACUCAGAGGGGAGUCUUCUUGGGCCUCGUGAAUGAUACUAGCACGCUCCAGUAUUCUAUACCCCAAAACAAGCUUUCAUCGAUAUGUAACGGUCUUAAACAAUUCAUGCAACUCAAUCGAGCUCAAGUGAAAGAAGUGGCGUCUCUAUAUGGGAAAGUUGGCGCUUGUUUGUUAGCAGUUGGGCCCUCCCUUCGGCUGCUUACUCGUCUUGGACAGAGCGCCAUUGCUGACGCCGCGCGGAGAAACGGUUGGAAUUCAUGGAUGAACCUGCGACCCCUACAUCCUGAAUUACAAUAUCUGAUCGAACAACUGCCCGCUCAUAACGGCUUUCCAUACAAUGUCAAAGAGCUUGUGCAUCAUGUAGACAUUACAAUUGCAACCGAUGCCUCAAAGCUGGGGUUCGGAGCCAUAGCCCUGCGAUGUGGGGACAGUUUUGAACACCAAGUUCAUCCGUUGCCCUGUGGGAAACAACUCAUUCUGAAGCGGAUGUUCUCCCAAUCAGAAAGUGCUUCAUCCUCCACUUUCCGAGAACUCUUAGCAUUGCACGCUGCUUACACUGACCCCACAACCAUCCAGCAGUUUUGGGGCAAAUCGGUCAGUCAUUUGACAGAUAACAAAGGUGUCGUGGCAGCUAUGCGGAAGGGGAGCUCCAUUGCUUCUCUACACCUCUUGGCCCUUGAUGUUUUUAAACAAUGUCAGGCCCAUGACAUCAGACUGCAGGUCCAUUGGGUACCACGUUCUGACCCCCGUUUGCAAGCAGCUGAUGCUCAAUCUCGACACUUUGAUAAUGAAGACUGGGGGAUCGACUACAGGGGCUACUGCAACGUCCUCAGUUUCGUCGACGUUCAACCGCAGAUUGAUCUAUUCGCAACCGAGGAUAAUGCGAAAUGCGAAUGGUUUGCAUCGAAAUUCGUAGCUGAGAAAGACAAGGCUGUCGGGAUCAAUGCGUUUUCUUUGAACUGGUGUCAGAAUUGGUUCUUCUAUGCCUGUCCUCCCCCCAGGCUCAUUGUGCCUACUUUGCGCCAGGUCGUUGCUCAAAAGGCCGCCGGGGUUCUCAUUGUGCCAAGAUGGGCUUCAUCAUCAUUUUGGCCCUAUGUAUUACCGGAUGGGAAGCAUUUUCUACGACUUGUAGUCAAAUUCAAGUCAUUUCGACCACUAUGCGUAGUAGGGCCUGACAUUCGAAGCACAACCUUCAACGGUGCUAUUGCCUUUGAUUUGAUAAUGCUACAGCUAGAUGGAAAUGUCUCCUUGCCUUUUGCGCCUUCUCUCACUCCACUCACAUGUAUCGGUUAUGGUUGUGACUCAUGCCGGCAUUAAUAAUCCUAUUACAGAUCAUCGCCUUCAUGAUUUGGAUAGUAUUGAUGUGACAACAUGGAUAUGAAGAAGGCAUCCAAAGCACCUCGAACAUGGAUACAAUAUGACAGGGCGUGGCGAAAUUUCGACAUUUUUUGUUCGGAAUACAAACAAUCUAGUUCCCCUGCUACACUGUUGGUAGUUGACAGAUACUUGGCGUAUCUUGUACAGUGCGGGAAAUGUCUUGCAUCCGCGAAGAUGGCUUUGGCUGCUAUCAAUGCAAUACAUGUCGAACAAAAUUGUCCCUCGCCCACGCGCGACAAGACAGUUCUCAUUACGAUGGAAGGAAUUAAGCGUUCUCGUGCCACCACCCUCCCUCUACAAGCAACGCCUACUACUCGUCCGAUCCUUAAAACCAUUAUUGAUAAGAAUUUGGGAUCCGCAAUGGAUGCCAUGCCUGACGAAUUUGAGCCUUGCAUGCGCACUUGGCGCGCAGUUUGGUUCGAAGUUACCGCAUUUGUUACUUUAAGCCGCUUCUCUGACAUUCAACGUCUAAGGCGUGAGGAUGUACAUAUCAAAACAAAUAAUGUCACCUUCUAUUUUCGAACUCGAAAGAAUGACCAGAUCCACAGAGGCCACGCCGUCACAGUCUGUGCCUCGGGGGGGCGAUACUGCCCUGUUGAGCUCACUAAACGAUACCUCCUUCGUCUUCCGAAACAUUCACAUUGCUUCUUAUUGCCCACCUUGAACGGGUUGUUCCCAGUCAAUAAUGGCACUGUUCUCUCUACUUACGAUAACAUGCGAAAAUCUCAAGCCCUCAUUUUUCACAACGCUGGAAUGCCCAACAAGUACAGUCUCCAUUCCGGCCGUGUUGGGGGUACAGUAGCACUCCAUGACAAAGGCUGGUCUUUCGACGAAAUUGGGGCGUUUGGUUGAUGGGCCAGAGGCAGUCGCAUGCCGGUGCAUUACUCUUCAAAAGCCUCUGCAAAGCGUAAUGCAAUGUCUAUGGACUUGUUCCUUUAAACAUGUUUCGAUAUAAAACCACGUUCUAAUGUCCUGGCCUCUAUGUAUUCA